AUGUCACUCAAAUACCAAAGUUUAUCGGAAGCUUUUCAACAUCAAGUAUCAACUAGGCCAAAAGGCAAUGCUCUUCUGAUCCCCAACGGUACAAAAUAUGAUGAAAUUAAUUUUCAAGACUUCGAUAUUAUUAUCAAUAAAUACGCUAAUUAUUGGAAUAAACUAUUGGUGAAUGAAAAUUUGAAUAAAAAUAGCGUGAUUGGCUAUUUGGCACAUAGUGGUUCAGAAUAUUUGUUUAACACUAUGGCCUUAUGGAAACUAGGUUUUCAAAUCUUAUUCCUUAGUCCUCGAAAUUCUGGGCCUGCUUUGAUUCAUUUACUUCAAGAAACUAAAUCGCGUAUUCUUAUUUACGAUCCUCAACUUUCAAAAAUUUCGGAGGAUGUGCAAAAUGAAAUCAAUUCUCAACGUCCACAAUCAUUUAACAUUUUUCAACUUCCUAAUAAUUUAAAAGAUGAAAAAAUUGAUCAUUUUUCCCCUGUCCUGAAAUUAGAUGAAAAUCCUUAUGAACAAGUAAUUGCUAUUUUUCAUAGUUCCGGUUCAACCUCAUUUCCUAAAUUAGUUCCUCUCUCCAAUCGUUAUUUAUUAAAUGCAGUCGGAUCAAAUGAUACUCAUGAGAUUAUUUUAUCAACCGCUCCAUUAUUUCAUAUUUAUGGAUUCGCUCUUGUAUUAAAAUAUAUUUUAAGUCCUGGUUCGAUAUACGCAUUUCCAAUUGUUGCAGGUUCAAUCCCUUUAGCUAAUGAAGUUUUAUAUAGUUUAAAACAAUCUAAAGCUAAAAUUCUUUACACUUUACCUGCUACCAUUGAACAAAUUUAUAAAAAUUAUCCGGAUGAAAUUAAAACAUUAUUAAAUUUAAAAGCCAUAAAUUAUGGUGGUGCUGCAUUGUUACCUCAAGUAGGCGAACAACUUGUUCAGUCUGGCGUCAAAAUUCGAAAUUCUUAUGAAUUAGUUUUAAAAAAAAGUUCUUCAAUUCUCGCAAAUAUUGAAGGAAAUACUGAUAAUGGUGAUUAUAGAUUAGGUGACCUUUUUAUUGAAGCUAAAAAAG